AAAUUUUAGUUAUAAAAUAUAAUUCUCUUUUUUAUUAAAAUACUAAAAAUAACUUGACUAUUUCUCCUCAUAACUAACAUAAAAAUGGAGAAAGAUUGACUUACUUGUGCCUAGCAAUGGAAAUCGUGUCUAUGGUUGUGCAACCUCUUUUAUCAGCUUCUUUUGAGUGGCUGUUCCAAAAGUUGGAUAAUUUCACUUCCAGUCAAUCCCACGGAUUGCAAGAGGAGGUCAAUGCGGAGCUCCAAAAAUGGAAGUCCUUUUUACCACAUAUUUGUGAUGUGCUCAGAGAUGCAGAAGGGAAGCAAAUGACUGUCAAUUCUGUCAAGACAUGGGUUGAUGAUCUCAAGGACUUAGCUUAUGAUAUGGAAGACAUUUUGGAGGAAUUCACGACUUAUGUCUUGAGGGGUAGCUUGAUUGCAGAACUUCAACAUGCCAGCACUACUAGCAGAUGCGUCGCUGCAUGCUUCUCCUGUUUCAAACAUAGUGAUUCAAUGUUUGAUUCUGACACCAUUUCAAAAGUGAAGGCUAUUUCUAAUGGGUUGCAAACCAUGGUAGACAGAUCAAAAACAUUGGGCUUAUUGAGUUUAACUAUGCAAGCUAGAGAACAGCCCGAGAGAGUAGAUGCAUCGAGGGUACCCACUAGUUCCCUGCCAGAUUCUCAUGUUUAUGGACGAGAAACUGAUAAAGUAGCUGUUCUUCGAAAGUUACUUAAUAAUGAAAGCAGUUUCCAAGGAUAUUCUGUAAUUCCCAUUGUUGGGAUGGGAGGAAUAGGCAAGACCACUUUGGCUCAACAAGUUUACAAUGAAGUGGAGAAGGAAAGCUUUGAGCUUAAAGCUUGGGUCUGUGUUUCUGAUCAAUUUGAUGUGUUGAGUAUUACAAGAUCCAUUUUAGAGGCAGUAUCUAGAGACCAGCGUGAUUUGAAAGAUUUGAAUUUGCUUCAAGAAGAAUUGAAAAAAAUGUUAUCUGGCAAGGGGUUUCUUCUUGUUUUGGAUGACGUUUGGAACGAGGACUAUGAACAAUGGGAUACUUUGCAAAAGCCUUUCCAAUCAGGAUUAGCUGGAAGUAAAAUGGUAGUCACAACUCGUAGCGAGCGUGUUGCAGAAAUCAUGGGUGGGAAAGACAAGAUUCACCGUCUAAGAGAGUUAGACUUCAAACAAUGCUUGCCAAUAUUAACUCAACAUGCACUGGGGGAAGACAACUUUGAUGCACAUCCAAGUUUAAGAGAAGUUGGAGAAGAUAUUGUCAAGAGCUGCAAUGGAUUGCCGUUGUUUGCAAAACUGCUCGGGGGCGCCUUACGAGGUAAGCAUAGUCUUGAAGAUUGGAAAUACAUAUCAAACAAUAAGAUGUUGAAUUUACAGGAGGUUAAAUGCGGGAUUCUGCCACCCUUGAUGCUAAGCUACCAUCAUCUACCUUCUCAUUUAAAGCAAUGUUUUGCAUAUUGUGCUGUGUUUCCUAAGGACUAUGAAUUUGACAAGCAGGAGUUAGUUUUGUUAUGGAUGGCAGAGGGGCUUUUAAAACAACAACUAGGAGAGCAAAAUCAGCUGGAAGAAAUUGGUCAAAGAGAUUUCCAUGAGUUACUUUCAAGAUCUUUUUUCCAACGGUCAAGCAGUAAUAAAGUACGGUAUGUGAUGCAUGACCUCAUACAUGAUUUAGCUCAAUUUGUUGCUGGAAGAACUUGCUACAAUCUAGAGCAUAUAUUGAAGGCUAGUAAGAAAUCCAAAGUCAAUGAUGAGAAGGUUCGUCAUUUGUCAUUCUACCAAAGCCAAUAUGACAUUUCUAAGAAAUUUGAAGUUUUGAAUGAAAUGAAGACUGUGCGAACAUUCAUUAAAGUUCAUCCAUAUUUUCAGCGGAGCCAUUUAGCAAAAAUAGUAGUGCUUGAUUGGAUACCAAAAUUAAGGAAGUUUUCAAAGUUUCCUGUGAAAAUUGGGAACUUAAUUAACCUCCAUCAUCUGAACAUUAGGGGAACAGAUUCCUUGAAAGAGAUGCCAUCUGGAAUAGCUAAUCUCAAAGAUCUGUUGACACUGGGCAAAUUUAUUGUGGGGAAGGAAAAUGGAUCCCUGAAAUUAUCUGAUUUGGAGAACUUUAUGCAACUUGAAGGAGAACUAUCUAUUCUAGAUUUGCAUAACGUUUCAAAUGCUCAUGAUGCUAAAAAGGCCAGCCUGGAGAAGAUUGGUGGUCUUGAUUGGUUGCUCUUGCAAUGGACUUCUGAAUUUGGCAGUUCUAGGAAUGAAGACAAGGAAAUGGAGGUCCUUAGCUGGUUAAAACCACAUCUAAAAUUGAAAAGUCUGUCAAUUAUUAGCUAUGGUGGCAAGGAAUUCCCGUCCUGGAUUGGUUGUCCGUUAUUUUCUAAUUUAUCAUACUUGAAGCUGUGCGUGUGUAGAAGAAGCACUUCGUUACCAUCACUGGGGCAAUUACCAGCUCUCAAAGAAUUGAUUGUGGAAGGCAUGGAUGCAAUAGAAACGGUGGAUUCUAAGUUUUAUGGGCAUGGCACUUCUCAAUCUCUUGAGAAGUUGGAGUUUCGUGACAUGUUAAUGUGGGAAGAAUGGACUUCUACAACAGGAGAUGGAGUGGGAUUCUCAUGUCUUCGAGAGCUUGUGAUUGAAAAUUGUCCUAAGUUGAUAGGACAAUUACCCAGUCAGUUGUCUUGUGUCAUUAAUCUUGUGAUCAGAAGAUGCCCAGAGUUAAGAUGCCCGUCAUCAUCUAUGAGUCUUCAGUCACUACAAAAGCUGAAUAUUGAAGACUGCAAUGUGGCCCUUUUGAAUAGCAUGGCUGAUCUCACUUCUCUUACUAGCUUAGAAAUUAAGAGAAUUUCAGGACUUGUUUGCUUGCCUAAGAGUUUUAUUGAGUCCUUGAAAGCAGUUGAGAAUGUGGAGAUUGAAGACUGCCUUGAGCUUACUUGUUUAGGGGAGGAAGGUGCUGAGGCACAAAACCUUGCUUGUCUUGAGGAAAUGAAUAUUGAAGGCUGUCCUCUGCUUGUUUCAUUGACGGAGAAAGAACAGGGCCUUCUUCCUUUCAAUCUUAAACGUCUCACCCUCUCAAACUGCAAGGCUCUAGAGUCAUUAACUGAGGCGAUGACGAUGAAGGUAGAUGGAAGCAGUAGCAGCAAAAACAUGUUGAGACUUGAAUCAUUAAGCAUUUACAAUUGUGAUUCUCUCAAGUCUCUACCCACCCCCACGGUUAAACACUUGAUAAUUGAUGGAUGUGCAAAUUUUGAGUCUUUACCAAAUGGAGUAUUAUUGCAAGAUGAUGGUGACAGCAAUAGCAAUCUUGAAUCUUUGAGAAUAGAGGGACUUCCAUCUCUAAAUUCUAUUGGGACUGGUCAUCUGCCAGCUUCUCUCAAGGAAUUUAUUGUUGAAGAUUGCAAGAGCAAUCUUCGUGAUUUGAUCAUUAGAAGGUAUGCAGUUUUAGAAUUCUUCCCCGAAAUGGGCCUCUCCUUGCCCAAUCUUAGGUCUUUGAGAAUUGCAAAUUGUCCAGGGUUGGAGCGCAUUCCAGAUGGGGGCAUCAAAUCCAUUCCAGAUGGGGGUUUUCCCCCAAACUUAACAGAUCUUGAAUUAGACGGUGAGCAUCUGAAGCAGCCGGCAGUGAAACGGGGCCUCCGCAAUCUUACCUCUCUUCAAAGCUUUGACAUUUAUAAGACGUGUCCUCUUCCGGAUAUUGUGCUUCCUUCUUCUUUAAUAUCUCUGGAGAUAAGAAAUGCAAAGAAUCUGAAAUCCAUACCCAGAGGGCUCCUCCAAAACCUCAACUCUCUUCAAUCUAUAUGGAUUCGUGAGUGCCCAAAGCUACGGUCCUUGCCGAGAAAAGGCCUGCCUCCGUCGCUUGAAAUUCUCUGGAUCUCUAACUGUCCGCUUCUAAAACGACAACGCUUUGAGGAGAAAGGAGAAUAUUGGUCUCUCACCCGUACCAUCCCUUACGUUGAAAUAGAGUAUAUAGAGGUUGCAGGUCUUGGAGGUUAUCCAUUUAAUCCUAGAGUUUUACCGGGCAAUGUUGCCACUUUGGGUGUUGUUUACGUGCUAAAUGGACUUGGAGUGAAAACCAACGUGGAUCUUUAGAAACUCAUCUGCUAGAGGUUUUUAUCUGUGAGCAUUUGGGAAGGACGUCAAGUUCAAAGACCACAGCUGCCUUGAGUAGGGAAGCAAAGUCUUGUACUCUCAGUAACUUCCUACCAGGAUUCGUAGCAGUUAAAGACAAUGACCUUGGAAUUAGUCGCAUAAUUCCAAAAAAAGGAGAAAACAAAUGAACAUAUAACAUAUACCAAAAAAUGAAUGGCAGAAGAAACGUGACAUUGGUGU